UGAGCGCGCCCGGCCACCCGCCCCGAGGGGGGUUCCCGGAGAGUUCACCGCGGGCGCGCGCUCCGGCCCUUGGACCGGGGGUGGGAAGAACGGGAAGGAAGGAGGCGGCAGCGCGCGCUGAGCCGCAGGAAUGUAGCGUGCUGCUCCGAGCCGCGCGCGCGCACAGAAGGGAGAAGGAGGAGCCGGGCCUGGGAAUGAGGGGGGUGGAGGUAAGGCCGGUCCUCCGGCUCUGGAGAGCAACGGCGCGCGGGCAUUUCAAGGUUUCCCUCUGCGCAGUCAUCCUGAACACUCUUUGCUUGUGUUGACUGGGAUGCCGAAGGAAGGGUUGAAGGGAGGGGAAGACGCUGUGAAAGGAAAUGCGUUGCAUUUGGUUCCUCCACUCCUUCCCCCAAUCCCAACCUGGGCACGCGCCUAAGUGCAAAUGCGUGCAAAAGCUCCGGACUGUGGAGAGAACAGGAUUGCAAGCAUUUCCCGGAGCCAGGUGUAUUUGCACAAAUUUGGGCACCUGUGAAUGUAUGUGGGUGCAGAUAUGCUUGUGCACUAUUGCACAUUUGCAAAUUUGUGUUGCCUGCCAAAAUAAACGCAUGCACAGAUGUAUGUCUAAGCAAGCGCGUGCGCCACUCAGCGAGUAGACGUAUGUGAAUGUGUAUGUGCUCCACUCCCCGCUCGGCUCAUCUUGGUGCCCGGCCCCCUUCGCUCUCGAAGCCCCACCCCCAUCCCUCCAGGCUCUGCUUUUACAAAAGGUCUCCACUUUGCUUGCUGCCCGGGCACCCGAAGUGAGCCAGACGGAGGCAGAAGCUGCUGCUUCGCCUUCGUGCCCCGCCCAGUCCCUUUCCCUUGCUGGGGAUCCCCCUCUUCCCCGCCCACCCCUGACCCCCCAUGCAUCUCAGCGCCCUAUGCUAGCCCUCCCCCUCCCCCCUCCAGGAGCAGGGCGCUGCGGGGGGAGGAGGGGGAAUGGGCUGCGGGUCCUUGGUAUUCUAGCACCCAGUUUCUCUCCAAGCCGGGUCGCGAUGUACGACUGCAUGGAAUCGUUUGCCCCGGGUCCGCGACGGCUGUAUGGGGCCGCCGGGCCCGGGGCGGGCUUGCUACGCAGAGCCACUGGCAGCUCCUGUUUCGCCGGACUUGAGUCCUUUGCCUGGGCGCAACCUGCCAGUCUACAAUCGGUGGAGACACAGAGCACUAGCUCAGAGGAAAUGGUGCCCAGCUCUCCCUCACCCCCGCCACCACCUCGGGUCUAUAAGCCAUGCUUUGUAUGCAAUGACAAGUCCUCCGGCUACCAUUAUGGGGUCAGCUCAUGUGAAGGCUGCAAGGGCUUCUUCAGACGCAGCAUCCAGAAAAACAUGGUGUAUACAUGUCACCGUGACAAAAAUUGUAUCAUCAACAAGGUAACCAGGAAUCGCUGCCAGUACUGCCGGCUACAAAAGUGUUUCGAAGUGGGCAUGUCCAAGGAAGCUGUAAGGAAUGACCGAAACAAGAAGAAGAAAGAGGUGAAGGAAGAGGGCUCACCUGACAGCUACGAACUGAGUCCACAGUUAGAAGAACUCAUCACCAAGGUCAGCAAAGCCCACCAGGAGACUUUCCCCUCGCUCUGCCAGCUGGGCAAGUACACCACGAACUCCAGUGCAGAUCACCGGGUACAGCUGGACCUGGGGCUGUGGGACAAGUUCAGCGAGCUGGCCACCAAAUGCAUCAUCAAGAUCGUGGAGUUUGCUAAGCGGUUGCCCGGUUUUACAGGACUCAGCAUUGCUGACCAGAUUACUCUGCUCAAGGCUGCCUGCCUGGACAUCCUAAUGCUGCGAAUCUGUACAAGGUAUACCCCAGAGCAAGACACCAUGACAUUCUCGGAUGGGCUGACCCUGAACCGCACCCAGAUGCACAAUGCUGGCUUUGGGCCCCUUACAGACCUCGUCUUUGCCUUUGCUGGGCAGCUUCUACCCCUGGAGAUGGAUGACACGGAGACAGGGCUGCUCAGUGCCAUCUGCCUUAUCUGUGGAGACCGCAUGGACUUGGAGGAACCUGAGAAGGUGGAUAAGCUGCAGGAGCCCUUGCUGGAAGCCCUGAGGCUUUAUGCCCGGCGACGGAGACCCAGCCAACCCUACAUGUUUCCAAGGAUGCUUAUGAAAAUCACCGACCUCCGGGGCAUCAGCACCAAGGGAGCAGAAAGGGCCAUUACCCUGAAGAUGGAGAUCCCAGGCCCGAUGCCCCCUCUGAUCCGAGAGAUGCUGGAGAACCCUGAAAUGUUUGAGGACGACUCCUCGAAGCCUGGCCCCCAACCCAAGGCUUCCAGUGAGGAUGAAGCUCCAGGCGGCCAGGGCAAAGGGGGUCAAAGUCCCCAACCUGACCAGGGCCCCUGACCUACCCCACUGUGGGGCUGGGCUCCAGGCAGCAGACUGACCAUUCCCCAGACACCACCAGUGUCCUGGGGGAGGACCUGCCCUGCCCACUCCCCACCUUUCCGAUGAGCUCAUUGUUUUGCCAAAGUUUCUAGGGGUGCCUGUGUUCAUCCCUGUCCUGUUCUAACUGGCUCCCUCUACAGUCCUGGAGGACUGCCGUGCACCUCCCAGAAGAACCGGAGAAGGGGUGAGCCUGGGUCUGGACUCUAAAAUCUCAGCACUGCCUUUCAGAUUCAGGCUACAGGCUCCCCAGGCAGGAGGAAGCCCUGCCUUCCCACAGCCCCUUCCUCUGCCAGGUGCUUGGGCCUCUGGGAGCAAACAGGAACACUAGAGACCAAAAGGGGAGCCCUCAAGGAGGGCUGAGCCCACCUUUGUGCCCUACCCUGGGUGCCUAAUGCUGUGUGAUGCACCUGCCAUGCACCCUGCCCUUGUGCCCCAUGUUCCUGCCAGGUGUAGGGGCAGGCUGGACCCUGCAUUUCUGGGGUGGGGCCUGAGGGUGAAGGGAGAAGUGUAAGCCCUUUCUGUACCUCUCUGCUGAGGCACAGCACUUGUCCUGGGCCCUCCAUUUUACAAGCCCCUCCCUUAGCCCCGUCUUGUGCCUUGGCCUCCUGCCCCCAUCUCAGCCAUCAGGCAGGGACCCUCCUACACUACAGAGGGGCCAGGGAUCCCUCUCCUAGUGCCUUCUACCCUUGACCCCCCAGAGCAGCUUGGCCCGGGGAGGGGAGAUGCUGCUUAGCUGAUCCCACCCUGACCCAGAGGAAGCCUCUAUUUAUUUAUUAGCUUUUGUUUACACCCUGGAAUGACCCCUAACUCCGGGGGUCUUGGGAGGGGGAGCCCAGGGCCUCCGUGACCCCUCCCUUCUUCCUCCAAGCCUCCCUUUGUAUUUAGCUGCCAAAUAAGAUUUCUGCAGGCUCCCCCUUUUCUCUGGGGGGUCAGGGUGCUGUCCCCUCCCCUCUGUUUACAUCUCCCCUCCCACCCCGCUGUAUCGCAUAUUGCUGAGUUUUCUAUUUUUGCAAAAUAAAGUGAUGGAAACUCA